UGUAGUGGGGAAUCAGAAUCAACUCCUCUACUUUUCUCUACUCCUCUCUAUCUCUACCUCUUUUUUCCAACCUUCCUGUCUCUAGUCUUCGUGGCUUUUUCUUCCCAUUUUCAUCUCUUCCUUCUUCACAGACGACCGUUCCAGCCCAUCCCUGCAUCCAAGCACACGCUAGCUGCAUAUUGAUUUUGAGAUUCAAUGGAUUUGGUGAAGCUGUGUCUUUCACCUUUUUGUUCUUGUAUGCAAAGCCCUGUUGUGCGUCAGGACAUGAACCAUGUAUUCUCCACCAAAGAGAAACUUGAUGAUUUGAAGGACGCCAUGCAACAUCUCAUGGCCAAGAAGGAGGAUGUUCAGAGAAAGAUUGAUGAUCCUCAACACAAAGGGAAACAACUCGACAAUCAACAUCAAGUUAAAGACUGGCUUCGAGAUGUUGGAGUAAAGGAUAAUAAGGUAGAACGAUUAUCAGAUGAAUAUGGCAAAGGUAAUUGUGUCGCAGGCUCUUGUUCUCUAAAUUGUUUUUCAAGGUAUAAGAUUAGCAGUGAUGCAAUCAAAUUGGAAAAGGAGAUUAAUCAGUUGACAACAAAACAGCCAGAAAUCAAAUUUACCGACAUACCACCGCCUAAACAAGUCCCUGAAUCAUCUAAAAUAAUGGGGGAAAAAAUCAGCUCCAACGUUGAUAUUGCUCGCAGUUACCUGGCAGAUGAAACAGUUGGUAUAAUUGGCAUAUGGGGGAUGGGGGGUGUAGGUAAGACCACACUCCUGAAAAAAAUCAACCAACGAUUGUUAGAAGAUGCAAACAUGGGAUUCUUGAAAAAAAUCAACCAGUUAUUGUCAGGUGAUGCAAACAUGGGAUUCGAUCAUGUGUUAUUUAUCGAAGCUUCACAAAAUACUCAAUUGGAAGAACUUCGGAAAGAGAUUUCUAAAAAAUUGCAUUUGGCCCCUGAUGCUGGUCAACGAGACAUCAUCAAUGCCCUGAAAACUAAGAACAUUGUAUUGCUCUUGGAUAAUAUAUGGGAGCCAGUAGACCUUGUUGGUCUUGGAAUUAUCAAUCCUUUCAGAGAUGAUGAUGAUUCCACCAAACCAUACAAAUAUAAAGUGAUUUUCACUACUCGAUCAGAAGAUGUGUGUGCCCGGAUGGGGGCAAGCAAAAAGAUUAAAGUGGAAAGCUUGGAACCAGAUGAAGCAUGGGCUCUUUUCAAGCUCAAUGUUAAUCUAGCAGUUAUUGAGUCAGAUGAAAAAUUUAAAGAAAUAGCAUGGCAAGUGAUGGAGAAGUGUGGUGGUUUGCCACUUGCUCUGCAAGUGGUCGGUAAGGCCAUGUCUAACAGAACUACUGUCCAAGAGUGAGAAGAUAUUUUGAGCUCGCUAAAGAAUUCAGGUACUCAAGUAGUUCAAGGUGUGCAGGAAUCAUUACUUCCAAUUUUGAAAUUCAGUUACGAUACUCUACCUCGAAAUAUUCAGGAAUGUUUCUUGUGUGCUUCCAUUAUGCGACGGUUAUUAACUAAAGAUGGUUUGUUAGAAUGUUGGAUGGGUUUAGGCCUGAUCGGUGAUUUUGUCAAUUUACAACAAGCUUAUGGCAAAGCAAGACAUAUCUUUAAGAAUCUAGAGGAAUCAUGUUUAUUGUAUUCUUCUGAUUCUGAUUUAGUGAGGUUACAUGAUGUAAUUUAUGAGAUGGCAGUGUGGAUAACAUCAGACUGUGGGAUGAACAUGAAUAAAUGGAUAGUGAAAAGUAAUGAUAGUUCCUCGGUUGAAAGACCAUCAACCAAUGCAGAGAAUUGGAGAUUCACGAACCGAGUGAUUAUAAAUGGCGAGGUGGAGCUUUUGCCAAUUUUGUCUCAUCAGUGUUCUGAUUUGUUGUGUUUAAUAAUACUAUAUAAUUCUGGUUUCAAAAAUAUUCCUGAAGGAUUUUUCAGUCAUAUGCCAAAUUUGAUAUAUUUGAAUCUUUCAGGCACUCUUAUCCAAGAGCUUCCAAAGGGCAUCAAAUGUUUAGUUAAUUUGCAAUACCUAAACAUUUCAAACACAAAGAUCUCAUCACUUCCAAAGGAGUUGGUAUAUUUGAAGAAAUUGCAAUAUCUAAUAUACAAGAAUUUGAAAUUGCUUGGCAAGAUAGAGGAAAAUCUCAUGUCAAGAUUACAGAAGUUGAAGGUCAUUGACUUAUUUCCAUCAGGGUGGGUAGACCCGGAAGGGUUAAAGAAAUUGAAGAAACACAACAACAUCAAAGGAAUAGGAAUGCGUGUAGUAUCAAAAGAGGUUCUCCAAUAACUCUCAUGUUUGCCAACUACUCAACUUUGUCUAUACAAUUUGGAUAUCAUCUCUCUUUCAUUUGACAUUUUAAGCUGCAAAGAUCAUGGAUUCUUGCAGACACUAAUAAUUGAAUCAUGCCCACAACUUAAGGAGCUUGUGCUGAAUGGAAGUGGAAGUCAUCUCAAUAUGCUCAAAAUCUCUAAUGUUGAAAAGCUCCAGAACAUUAUUUGGACAGAUCUAUCCCCUCCAGAAUGUUUUCAUGUGUUGAAGGAGAUAUAUAUAUCAGGAUGUAAUUUGGAUAAUUUAGCUUGGGUCCUGCAUCUCCCAUGUCUAUCUUCUUUAGAUAUAAAAGAUUGUGCAGAGAUAGAAACAUUGUUUUACAUCGAGGAGAAAGAAAUCCAACAAGAAGUUUCAGAAGUCUAGAAAAUUUGGUGACAAUAAGCAAUUUUGCAUUGGAUUUCUCUCGAUUUGAAAGGCUUCUGGUGUAUGAUUGUCUUAAUCUAAAGAAGUUACCAUUCAAGCGUGGCAUUAACAACAAUCAAAGAAUGAUACACAUUGCAUGUGUGAAAGAGUGGUGGGAAAGCUUAAAGUGGGAUGAUGACAGCGUCCCAUCUCACCUUUCGCCAAUUUUCGUCAAGGAGAGUGGACCCAAUGCAUGAACGAUUAGUUGAAGUGAAAGAUAGGCCUUUGAGUUUUCUCUGUUUUUGUUUGCGCAGGUUAGAGAUCAUGUUAUGCUCAAACCAAGUAAGAUCAACAUUAAUUUGGAGAAAAUGUCCUCUUUUCUUUUUUGUUUUUGAAUUCAAUAUGUGCAACUUAUAACAUUGAGAAAUCAUGCCAUCUCUUUGACAGGUCUUUAAUUUCCUGGGUUUUGCAUCUCCAAAAGCUUCUCAGAACUACAAAUUCUAUUUGUAGUUAAUCAAUAAUAUAGCAAAUUAACUGGUCAAUUAUGCUCUGGAUUGCUUGUAUUGUUUCUGGGUUUUCUUCUCAAAUCUAAAUGCUUUGAUUGCUUUCUUAUUUAUGCCAAUGUGAAGACAUAUUAUUAUUUGGUUUCCAAGUUUGAGGUCUGUAUAUCAUCAUUAUCUUAUGUAUUUUCUAAGUCUGGCUUGAAAGUUGAUCAAUUGAAGACAUGAAUUGUCGGGUUGCAUCUUUUGUUCAAAUUGUAUUUUCAAGUAAGUUGUGCUUUGUUAACAAGUUGGAUUUAUUUGGACGCAUCUAUAUAUAUAUAUAUAUAUAUAUAUAUAUAUGUAAAAUGUUGUCUAUUUGUUAUUUUCACUUACAUAUUGCUAAGGAUUACUUGUGAACUUUGUCCAACUUUGAAAGCCUUAGUUUUGUUAAUGUGCAGAAUGGUCUAAAACGAGUGGCCUUCAAACCUGACUUUGUAUUUGGUGCUAAUGUUGUGACUCUCUCUCUCUCUCUAUCUUUGUUUUGGCAGGUUAAAGUGGACUCUUUCUCUCUCUCUUUGUUUUGGCAGGUUAAAGUGGAAAACAAAGCCAAAAACAGAUGUCGGUAGAUGUGUUUAUUACUGCUAGUGAAGCUUUAUAUGGAAAGUGAGGCUUUGGCACUACAGAAAAGAGUUUUCAUUGCGAUCAAGAUGCGUGGAGUUUCCUAAUAUAUUUGGUAUGAUAGUAAGAAUCUACUCAUCAAGCCAAGGCAAACUUAUUGGAGGAUAAAAAGUUUAACAGCACAACACUGAAAAAGCAUCGGGUAUUCGGUGUGAUAGUAAGAACCUACUCAUCAACACAAGGCAAACUUGUUGGAGGAUCAAAAGUUUAACAUUGCAACACUCAAGAAGCAUCGGGUCUUUUGUUACAACAAUUAUUGAUAAUAAGGUGAUGUUUCUGUCACAAUUUUGUGUUGUUUUAUCUAUUUAGGGUUGAAUUAUUUUGUCUAGAUAUUCAUGACACAUUUCUAACAAGGGUUACCAACAAUCAAGUGGUCUAUUGGUAGCCGGGUCCCCAAAAGAAUCCCUUCACAAGUGGUGAGAGUUUAAAUCUUGGGUGAGGGUACAUUUCUAGGAGUGUGAGUAGUGAUUGUGUGCGGGUGGUCCCAGAGCCCAUGUGUGCGCGAGCCCCGUUCCCACUUGUUCCGUCAAGACUUGUGCAUGCCCCUGCCUUUAUUAGCGGCUAGGCCGCUCAUCUUAGCAAA